GUCUACGUUCGGACACUCGUAUUAGAUCUAGAUCUAGUUCUGUCUAAUGAUAAUGUUAGUUAGAUCUAAGUCUAGAUCUAGAUUUAAGGUUUAAUUAUCUAGAUUUAGUAUAUAAUCUAUAAGUCUACAUUUAUGUAUAGAUCUAGAAUACGCCAGGUCAUCUGCUAAAAGUACUGGUAACUCAAAAUUCAAUAAGAAAUAAUAUAAAAUGUGACUUUUGGGUUUCUGAUGGUUCAAGGUUCAUUCUUAGUCUCUUCCAUUUACAUUUCGCAUCAAAUCUGCAAAAAUGAUAAAAUGAGUGUCUUAUUCAAAACUUUAAACUACAAUGCUGAGGAGACCAUGGAAAUGCAGACACAUCCCCUUGGCAUUAACUCGCCUCUAAAUACAACUUUGAUAUCUAAUGAUUUUAAUAAAAAACAUUUGGACCCAAGCAAUGACACUGAAUUACAUUGUGCUAGUGGGGAUCUGACUGGUGUUCUGGGCCUCUUUGUUCAAGCCUUGCUUGCUUUUUUAGCUUUCACAUCUUUAAUCGCCAAAAGAUAUUGUGAGCCUAAGCCUUCUAGAAGACCUUGGAAGAUUUGGUUUUUUGACACGUCUAAACAAGGUGUUGGCGCUGCUGUUCUUCAUUUUGCUAAUUUAUUCUUGUCUGAGGUCUUUCAGGGAGAUCCUUGCACAUGGUAUUUCAUCAGUUUCCUGUUAGAUUCCACAGUUGGUCUCCUAGUUAUUUACAUUGGCUUAAAAUCCUGUCAGCUUUUAGCUCAUCAUAAUCGCUGGAAGUCUAUUUACUUUGGAGAAUAUGGUGAUCCACCUAAGUGCAAUGCCUGGGUUGGCCAGUGUGCUCUGUAUAUUUUAGUCAUGAUUAUAACCAAGCUGUUGAUGACUCUGUUAGUUUUAUUUAAAUUUUGGACAGAUGUAAGAAUGUUUUUGAUGGCGCCUAUCACAAACCCACAUUUAGAGAUUGUUUUAGUCAUGUUCCUGGUCCCACUUGUUGUGAAUGCCAUAGUUUUCUGGGUUGUGGACAAUUUUCUCAAACACUCGAUACAGAAUUCCAAGACUAUUUAUGUCAACUCCUCAGCAGAAGGUAAAGUGAAGUAUUUUCACAACUCUGACACAGUUCGGUGUUACAGCCGCAUAGAGAAAUCGGAUGAUCCUGAUUGUGAUUUGCUCUUGUCUGCUGAAGAGUCAGAUGUUAGGCCCAGAAAUACAUCGACCCGUAGAUGAUGCUUUUAGGAUUAGCAUAUGAUAUGUUACUGUUGUAAAAAUAAAUAGUGGCUAAAUUUGUUUACAUAUGAAUGAACACUGGCUGAAGUGUAAUUUACAUUUAAUUUAUUGUGUUAUUGUUAUAAUUUUAAAUUAUUGAUCUGUUUCUGUUGUUGAAUCCAAACUGUAUGUUUUGUUACUGGUUUUAGAAAUAUCGAAUCGACUUCCUUGUCAUUACAUGUCUAUAACUGCUGAUGUUAAUGUUACAAUGUUCAAUGUUGAUGAUGGUACUUUUUCAUUGUCCAAUCCUGCAAAAAUAUCUGUUUUAAUUGUAGAAUAAUUUUUCCAUUUAAUAAAAAGUUAAUUAAUAAAUAAAGCAACUAAAGAUAAUUGGAGCUUUGGUAUCAUUUAAAAAGCUAUGAAAAUCACAUUAUAUUGAAUGUGAACUAUUAGGGAAACAAAUGAUGUUUGAUUUGGCUGUCAAUCUUAACAUCAAUUACAAUAUUAUAUUGAAGGACAUUGUUUAAUGUAACAUUUUAUUGUUGCAACUUGUUCUAUUUGAUUUGGCUGUCAAUCUUAGCAUCAAUUAGAAUAUUGAAGGACAUUGUUUAAUGAAACAUUUUAUUGUUGCAACUUGUUCUGUUAUCUGUCACUAAUUGAUGAACAUUGGACAAAACAAACUUAAACAUGUGUUAUCUGUUGAACUGACUGACUCUUCCUGUCAUAAACCUCUAAGUAAUACUAGCUUGAUGACAAUCAUUUUAUACUGAACAUUUUGUGAAAAACAGAUGGAACAGUCAGAAGUUGCAAACUAAUUUUGUUGUAUGAAAUGUGUCCCCUGAUUUAUUCUCUUUGUUCUGAUGGAAUUAACUACUUUUUUGGUUUGUAAUGUUAUGAUUAAAUUGUAUUUUUUUUUUUUGUUUGCUAAUAGAAAAUCAAGGGACAUGUAUGAACAUUUUAUGUAAUACAAACUAAUUUUCAGAGAAUACAAAAUUUAUAGUUUCUUAAAAGCAAAAAAAAAUCAAAUCAACAACGAUAGCAUUUAUCCAGUGACAAAAUGUUGCUAUUUGGUAAUAUUAUUGAAUAAACAUAGACCUGCAAUAAAUAUCAUUACUAUUUUGUAACUAUUUAUAUUUAUAUUACAAAUUCUGACAUAAGUAUUUCUGAUUGUUUUACUUUGACUUAGAUUCAGUUGGAGUUCUCUUAAAGUCCUACUUUUGGGCUUUCUAUUUUCAAUGCACUCACUCUGUCACAUUCUAUUUACAAUUAGCACACACUGUACUGAAAAUUUGGUACAUUUUAUUACUGAUUCAUUUGUUUGUUGCACCUAUUAAAAAUAUAAAAUUUGUGGGUGUGUUCUUCCUGUUGGCUGUCGUCAUGAGCUGAAUUACCUUCCCUUGUGUUGAGUCACUAACAUAAACUUCUUUUGUUCUAUUGCUAAGCAACCUGUGAAAAAGAUAUUGUAAAAAUCAUGUUUGAAAUCUGUUCUUUUUUUUUUUUUUUCAACCACUUAUUUGAGGUUUUGUUUGCCUUAGCAGAUGAUAAUUCAGCUGAGUUUUCCAGUUGAUGAAAAAUUGAAAUCAUUAAUCCAACUCAUUUAUUUAGACAUGAUAGCCAAACAUAUUUGGUCUGGAAAAGAAUAGGUAACAUUGCAUUGUUUUUAAGGUAGCCUGUAUUAAGUUGAGUAACGGUGUAUCACUGUGCUGAACAGCAUAAUAAAUGUGUACAUUUUUCUUUAUUUAUUACCUAUGAAAAGCUCAUUUCCACAAGGUCACCAGUUGUAGAAGUUAUGUCUUUGUAUUGAUUGACAAUUUUCUGUUGAACUUCUGAAGUCAUAGAAUAAUGAAACUUUUUUAGUUGUCUGAAUAUUUCCAGUCAGUUUUUUUAACUCGGUAGUCAGUAAUGCUAAUACAUUUCAGAAAUUAUGUUGUAAAAGCUUUGUGAGGUUUAUCUAGUUGUUCAUUCCAAAUGUGUUAUAAUUAAGUAUGCUUCCUUUUGUACAGUCCCACUGUAAGUUUCUUUACUCAGUGAAGUCUCACAGUUAUGCAUUUACAGUUGACUACUGUUCCAAAUGUUUUGGAACCCCGUUGCAAAGUCACCCACAAUCUUAGUGAAAUUGUUUCACAAAACUCAUAUUUUAACUAAAAAGAUUUGAAUUCUGAUAUUGGGAGCAUUGACUGCACUGCUGAGUAGUGUUAUCAUGAUCAUACAUAUUCCUCAAUGAUAAGUAUCUAUGGAGUCUUAUGUUUUCUUGUUAAAAUUAAUAUGAACUUAAUAGUAACAGUUAUUGAGCUACAUGGAUGUGAAGUUAUUAAGAUUCCAAAGGAAUAUUUCUAAAUAUGGUUCUAGAGAGUACACAUAACAGCAUCUGAUUCUCUCUCCUUUCAUGUUUUCAAAUGCUAGUCAUUAUUUUUUUGUUUUCGACAAUCCUAUUUGUACAUGAGUAUGUGAAAUGGUAUAUUUACCUGGCUCGUUUCUCCCUUGUUCAUUAACUUAUCAAGUUGUAUUCUAUUUGUUAAUAUGUUUAUUUUGUUCAUAGUGCUUAUUUAUUGUAGCCAUAUUUUACUUUUUAUCUGCACUAAGAUGAAGCAUAAUGUUGCACUAAGCAAAUGUGUCUGAUUGACCAGAUUUUUUUUUAAAUUUGUGAUGGUGGCCUGCAUUGUAGAAGGCAACAGAAAUCCUGAAGCUAAUCACUGGCUAAUAUAAAAAUAUUUGAUAAGAGUUUCUUGCUGGUUUUGGAACUAUUCAAAGACUAUUGACUACAUAGCAUAGCUUAAUCAAUAUCUUUGUACAUUGUCUAAUAAGAUUCUUUGUUCAAAAUGUUUACAAAGUUGUUUUCAUUUGGUCAUUAAAAAAAAAAAGACUUUUUUUUCCAAUGUAAAUAGCUUACACACACAUAUAUUUGCUUCAAGAAUUUAGGAAAAAACUAACAACAUUAUGGGAAACUAAAAUGUAUAGUAAAUCUCAAUGAAAUGAAAGCUUUUCAUUGCAAUACAGAUUCAAAUUUAUAAUGAAGAUAUUUCCUUUCAUGAAACUUAAGUUAUGUUGUUUUUUAUGUUUUUACGUCUAAAAAAAUUAUUAACUUUUUAACCAAAGAUCUGAAUUACUUAGUUGUGUUUUGUAAAGAAAGGAAGUCUAUUUUCUUGCUAAAAUUGUACAUAAAUAAAUUCACUAUAAAAAUCCCUAGAUGUACCUUUUUGUAUUUUUUUUAAAGAAUAUAAUCUGUUUUUAGGAACUUAAGGCUUUUUUUUUUUUUUUUAGAUAAUUCAAUUCUGUAAUAAAAGAGUCUGCAACCAAUAAGAUCCAGUUAUUAUUUAUUUAUAUUUUUGAUGUGUGGCUGUACCAAAACAGCUUGGUUAUCUACAUAGGUGGCUUGAGUUCUAAGUCGACUCAGGCUGAGCUGUAUUUGCUGGGUGCCUAAGGCACCAAGGAAACCAUCUCCCAGAUACCCCCAUUACCUCAAGCUUUUCUAUAAGAGAUCAGACCAUAGUGUACUGAGCAUGAAAGAUAAGCCAUACAAAGACAAAAAAAAAAUUCUAAUUGUUUUAAAUUAUUUGCUGGUGGGUAUAAUAUUUUUAAAAUGAGUCAUAAGAAAUGGUAAUUCGUUUAAUAUUAUUAAUUACUGUAAAAUAUUUAUAAUUUAUUCUUACUACAAGGCUCAGUACUUGAAACUUAUUUCCUCCUGUAUCUAGUCAAAAUCAGACCAUCCUUAAAAUAUAGAGUGACACAUACAUUUAUAAUUUGUUUCGUAAUAAGUUAUGAUUCUUAUUGAUCACAAGAUUAAUAAACUGCCCUUAUACUUUUUUUUUUUUUUAAAUGACAUUUUUGUUUAAUAAUUUUGUUACCAGUUUUUGUAUACAUCUUCAGCUUAUUUGUUGCUGUUUUUUUAAUUUUAUUUAGUUGUUUCUAUCAGUAUUUGCUGAUUGAUUUUCUGUUGCUGUUUUUUUUUUUUUAAAUCUUUUAUUUGCUGCUGUUUCUGAUCUCAUAGUGCAAUCAAGAAAAACAUUUAAAGAAAAGAAAACAUUUAGAAAAAAAAAGACAAUACCUCCUUUACGACCUAUAGAGCUAUUAUUUUUCUCUUAAUAAGUAAUGAAAGUUAGAUUAAAUUUUUUUACCCCCCAUCCCCCCUCCCCACCCCAGAAAGAAGCCUGGUUAAGCAAAUUAAACUUUGAAUGAGUGUGGAAAUACCCAAAGAUGUAUAGCACAUUCGAGAUAAAUAUUUUCUAGUUCUCCAGCCUAAUUUAAAUUCAUUUCUCUAUAUACUUAGAAAAAUAAAACGGUCAAACUAGAGUUUUCCCAGUGUGGCCAAUGAGGUAGUAAUUCUUUUCCCAAUGAUAUACAUAACUUAAAAUUUUAGAGCCAUUUUUGAGAUCAUGUCCAGGUUUUUCCUCUUAUAAGGCUCCCUGUAGGUACCAGUUAAAUAGAGGUAGUGUUAUAAUAUAUGAGUAAAGUGAGUAUUGUAUAGUUGGGGAAAGAUUAUAAGAAGAGAUGGGGGGGGGGAGGUACCACAAAAUAAUUAACAUGGAAAAUUGUGUUAGAUUAUUCAAACUUAUGAAAAUGGCGUGAUAGUAAAUUCUCUAUAAGCUCUGCCUUAGAAGGACACAUUAGCUGGUUUUCAGUAUAUGUGUUAGCUUAAAUUUAUUAGAUUCAUUCAACUUUUAUGGGAUUUUCUUUGAUCUAAUUAUUAGGAAAUAUGCAGGCUCCAAUGAAGACCCAUUUGAAACCUACAUAUUUAGCACAGCUAUGUCAUGACAUAUUAUUUUGCUUCAUUAUUCCCUUUGUUGAUGGUGCCUUGCUGUGAGGUAGUGGCUAAUUAGUAAAUUAAGUAAUGAAAUGAAGUAUUUUAAUAAAUCUAGAACACAGACAAAUGAAGCACAGAUAAAUUUCAAUGUCUCCAUAGCGGCAGCUAUGAUUAUUGCUGCCAUGAAUGUUAAAUUGGCUUCUUGAAGUAGUCUUCUUUGUAUGAUAAUAUCUCUUAGGCCACAAACAAAUAUGUCUCAAAGACAAUCUUGGAGAGCCGGACAAAAAUCGCAAUGUUCUGACAAGGCUUUUAUGGUUGUAAGGAAUUCGGUUAUUGUUUCAUUUUAUUGUGGAAUGUGAAUUGUCUAUGAUUUUUAGUGGAAGGGAACUUACGUAAUUAUUUAAUAAUUUACACAGUUCUUCAUAAGGUUUCAUGUUGGGUAACUUUGGUAAAGCUAACGACUUUAAAAUAGUACAAGUCUUGGACCCUAUUGAUGCUAGUAAAAUGGCUUUUUUUUUUUUAGGUGAUGGAAUGCUUUUUACAAUGAAAUAGGCAUCCAGCCUUUCUUUAUAAUGAAUAAAAGUUGGAGUACCUUCUACAAAGGUGCCUGGUCUGCCCAUUCUUUGUUGCCAUUUGUGAUGUAGUGACAAGUUAGUCUAUUAAGUUAUGAAAUCUAGAUCUAAUGAAUGUAGAACACAUACAAAAGAAGCACUAAUACGUUUCCAUAAUUCUACAGUGUAUGUUACCUGGAAGUUGUUUCGUUUAUUAAUUCCUGGUUUUGUGCAUAUUUAUAUAAAAUUGCAUUCUUGCGAUAUACAAUAAUAAUAAUAUAAUACACAUAGUAAAAGAAAUAGAUUUUGCUCCAAGUGCUAAUCUAAAGAAUAGAAAUCUUACACUAGAAAUCUCUAGAAUCUACUUCUUGACCCCACAAAGUACCAGUAGCUGUCAACGUCACAUUGUGGUUGCUGAUUGAUAUUUUUUUUGGGGGAUAUCUUAAUAUUUAAUAUCUAGAUCUAGCUUAAUUCAUGCAUGAAAUAAAACUUGUUAUUCAUAACAUGUAACCUUUUUUUUAUGGACCAAUUUAAUUUAUAGGGUUUUGGUUUAUUUACCAGAAGAAAGAAAUGGGAAAGAAAAAAAUUAGCUUUUUCUCAUUUUGCAUUGUUAAAAUUUGGUAGUGGGACACUGUUUUUCUUUUCUCCUAAUUGCAAUAUAACAAUCCCUGUUGGUUGUAUGUUUUGAUCUAACCCCCCCCCCUUCCAAGGGAAACAAGUGACACUUAACAUGUAUUUAUGAUCCCCCACCAGUUGGGAUGACUUCAAUGACCUUGUAUCCACAUUUUCUGUUUUGAAAUAUCUAUGUUAAUUUAUUAAAUAAUUUACACAUUCAUUACAGCAUUAUACUUACCAAACCAAGUUAUACCACAAGCAUGGUCUUCAAAUCCUUUUUAUUUUUAUUUACUGUAUUAAUGCUGAUUUCAUUUUGUAUUCAUUUUGUUUUGUUUUUAACAGAGAAGGAAAACAAUAAAAUCUAUGCAUUUUUUUUUUCUUUUCCUAUAUUUAUGUUCAAACUAAUAAGGUGGGGCAGGAGGGGCUCAUUAGAUAUGGCUGGCUGCCCACGUAGGAGAAGAACAAACUCUGAAUUCAAACAUUUGCUGCUUUGCAGCUAUACCCAAUCAUGGGAGAUGCUUUGGGAGUCAGCAUCCUAAUAGAGCCUGCGACAUAGCUGACCCCAUACUGUAUCGGCUAUUGCAUUCCUUAGGGUUCAUCAGCUGCAUGGGGAGGAGGGAACUGAUGUGUGGGGGACAUUGUUCUGACCACAGCUAAUGCCCAGUAUUCAUCUCAUCAUCCAUGAGAUGAUCCAUAGUUGUUAUGCGACUGAAGGAGGCCAUAAUAAUGUGUUGUAAAAGUCCAAUCAAUGGAUAAAUUACUGUUUUUUAAAGAAAUGUAAACUGCAUCAUUGGUGUUUUAUGUUGACAGCAAUGGCUGGCUGGCUCGCUAGCAUUUAAGGUUCAUAGAACUAAAGUAAAAGUUUACUAGCAAGUUUGUAAAAACAAUGGCACUCCAUUGUAAAUAAAUUUGUUUCAUUUCAACAUCCCAAUAUUUGACCCAUUCAAGUUGUUUCUUUAUUUGUUAAGACAUGGCUUUGGUCACACUAACAAUUUAUUUGCAAGUUUUUUUUUUUUUUUUUUUUUUAAGGAAUGUCAAUAGAUAACAAAAUGAGAUUUAAAUUAUUAAACGAUCUUGGCGCAUUCAAUGGUAGAGUCAGUUCUGGUAAUGAUUUGAUUGUCCAAAACUAUUUUUUAGAAAUAUGAAACAGAUUUAAAGUAAAUUUUAAACUGGUGUUUAUAAAAAUGAUUGGUAAUAAUAUGUUAUGGGACUUUCAAGUGACUCCAACCUGUUUUGUUUAUUAAUUGUGUAAUGUUUUGAAAGGAUAUUAGUUUGGAAUUUAAAAUAGAUGUCUACCUUUAUAAAAAGCUUCACAAUUCGAAAAAAACAUUUCCACUUAUUUUUAUUUUUUUAUUGUUACAAAUUUUAUUUCGUAUCUGUGAAAUAAUUUAUUUUUGUUUGCUUCUUUUGCCCUAACUGUAUAAAUGUUUAUUUCCAUCAUUAUUUGUACCAGUUCAGAAAGUAGGAUGGAGCAAGUCCUAGACCAUAAAAGGGUGAAAAGAAAAAAAAAAUUUUGUGUGUUAUUUUAAAUUUGAAUAUAUUUUUCUGAUGAAUCUUUCUGCAUUUCUCACAAUUCAUUCUUUUACUGUGUUUACAGACAUUGUGAAAUAAAAUAUACUUGAAAAGAAUUAGUUGAUCUGACUUGAACUACUUCACCCUGUCAACAUGACUCCUCUGUUGCUUCUACACUUCCAUUGUACUUAGUCUUCUUGUUCUCAUUACUUUUCUGAGCAUUGAAGCCUCUUUGAGAUUGUCUGCCACAUUGGAUCUCAUGGGUUUGAUCUAUGGGUUUGAUCAUAAUUCGGAAAUCCGAAUACAAUAGAUAUACAUGUUUUCAAGUUACAUGAAGCUACUUCCUUUUUCCAGUCUAUAUUUAUUUAUGUCUAUGGGUUUGAUGCAUAUUUAGAUCUGCUAUUUGAGUCUUGAGUAUAUAUUAUAUGGCAUGUUACAUUUUCGGGAAUUAUGAUAUCCCUUUGCAACUUCUAAUGUGACUACAGAGGCCAAUCCCAGAUACACAUCUACAGUCACAAUUGGGCAUUAAUAAGCACCAGUUUCUGCAGCAUUUUCAUCUUUCUUUCUACUUCUGGUGUGGAAGUCAUGUGCAAUUUAGGAUCUAUUUAGUGUUUCUUUCUUCCAACUGUUGUGUGUCCAUUCUGUAAUGAUUUCUUUUGAUAAUCCUAGCCUCUGCUUACAAGACAGAAUGUUUUAGUGGUAGUAGAUUCAUCACCAAACCGUGCGCACACAAUAGUGCAGGAAUAUAUAGAUAGACACACGAGUAUUUUAUGUUGAAUUGGUUAUGGUCUAUGGUGUGUAUAUGCCGUUAAAUUAACUAUUUAAUUGCAAAGUGAUUUCCCUUGUCCAAUACAAAUCAACUUUAUAUUGUAGGAUACAUCACCAAAAUUUUGUUGACGUUUCAAUGAAAAUAAACAUCUUUUGAAACUGUGUAA